UGGUGGCAGGAAGCAGCUACACUCACUCAGCCUCGGAACCUGGACGAUAGCUGCCCUCUUGGUGACUCUUUCAUUUCAGGAUCCACGAGCAGUGUCCAACAGCAGCAGAGCUGACGGAGCCAUGGAGGAAGAAGGGAACAUGGCCUCUGCAUCAAACAAAGGUCAUUAUCGAGAUCAGCUGACAAGAGUUCGUCCUGAGCUCAUCAAGAGAAUAACAGGAGUUGUUCUCAAAGGUCUCUUGGAUAAACUUCAAGCUCACAGCCCUCCUGUGAUAAAUAAUGAAGAAGCAAAGGAGAUCCAGCAGAGAUCCAGUGUGGAACAGGACCAAGUCAGGUCCCUGGUUGAUGUGGUGGAUAAGAAGGGAAACAAAGCAUGUGAAAUGUUGCUGUCCCACCUUAGAGAACUGGACAACUACCUCUACCAAGAUCUUGGCCUAGUUUCACCCACUGAGAAAGGAAGAGAUGCGAUGGAGAUGUCUUCACUGAAACAAACUGUUCAGUCCAUCUUCAGAGAGAAGUUUGUCCUCAUAUCCCAAGAACUGGAAACAGGGAAGAAACAAAAACUGCAGGACAUCUUCACUGACCUUUGUAUCAUAGAAGGUCCCAGAGGCAUCAAUGAUGAACACGAAUUGUCUGCAAUGUGUGCAAGACUGGAUGAGACCAGGACCACCUCUGCGAACAUCAAGACAGUGAAGUUGUCCGAUAUAUUUUCUGACCACUAUGUCACAGGACAACCUGUCAAAAAGGUCUUGACCCUGGGAAUAGCAGGAGCGGGGAAAACAUUUGCAGUGCAAAAGUUUGUCUUGGACUGGGCAGAAGGAACACAAAAUCAAAAUAUACACCUGAUUUUUGUGCUUCCAUUUAGAGAGUUGAAUAUGCACACUGACAAAGAGUACAGCCUUUUUGACCUUCUGAAGAAUUUCUACCCUGAUUGUAAAGCGCUGACCAAAGCCUUUGCAAACAAAAAUAAUUUAGUUCUUUUUGUCUUGGAUGGUCUGGACGAGAGCAGGAUGCAACUCUUCCAAACUUCCAUCAGUGACCCAACAAAAAAAGCCUCAAUUGCAGAGCUUAUCACAAGCCUGAUCAAAGGUGACCUGCUAUCAUCUGCACUUGUCUGGGUGACAUCAAGACCUGCAGCUGCCAAUAAAAAACUACAAGAUCUUUUCGACCUUGUGACAGAAAUUCAAGGUUUCAGUGAAUGCCAAAGAGAGGAGUAUUUUGAAAGGGUCAUCCCAGGGAAAGCUGAAGAAAUCAUAGCACACCUGAAAUCCAAAAGAAGCCUCUUCAUAAUGUGCCACAUUCCAGUCUUCUGUCAUAUAGCAGCGGUUGUGCUUGGUGGGGAUCAAGGGGAGUCAUGCCUCUCCAGCAAGAAGAAAGCUCUGAGCAGGAAAGAGCUAGAACAGCAUCAGGGGAUGCCUAAAACCUUAACAGAAAUGUACGCUCGCUACUGUGUUCUUCAGAUCAGAAGAAUGAAUGAGAAGUACUUCAAAGAAGACGAGAUGUGUGCGGAGGACAAAGGGGCCCUCCUCAUUAAACUUGGCAAACUGGCAUUCAAAUAUUUGGAGAAAGACACUCUAAUAUUUUACAAGAAGGACCUGCUUGAAUGUGAAAUCGAAGUGGAAUCGGGAGCUUUGCAGGCAGGACUUUGUACGCAGAUCUUCAAAAAGGAAAACGCUGAAUGUGGAGAAAGCAUGUUCAGUUUUGUGCACUUGAGUGUACAGGAGUUCCUGGCAGCUCUAUACAUGGUCCACAUGCAUGCUACUGGCCACACUAACCUCUUCAUCACUACUGGCAUGCAGAAGUUCAAGUGGUGCUUCAGCAAGUCAAGAUUCAACCUCUACAAGGUCUGUCUAAAAAAGGCAUUACUGAGUCAGAAUGGACAUUUGGAUCUUUUUGUGCGCUUCCUCGUUGGAUUGGCUCCGUUGUUGGAACCAGAAAUCAAGUAUCCCCUGGAUGCAAUACUUCCACAUCUGUCAAAGGAUGUCAAGGACAUGAGCAUCACCAAAACAGUUGAUUACAUCAAGAAGCAGAUCAACAAGACAAGCUCACCAGAAAGGAUCAUUAACCUGUUCCAUUGCUUGAAUGAGCUUGGGGACAACUCAAUGGUUGAAGAGAUUGAAAGAUACAUGAGCUCAUCAGUUGAGAAGAACCUGACACCAGUCCAGUGCUCUGCUCUAGCUUAUCUGCUGAUCAUGUCAGCUGAAGUCCUGGAAGAGUUUGACCUGAAGAAAUACCUCAAAUCAGAUGAAGGGCUGCACAGAAUGCUUCCAGUUGUUUGCAUUUCCCAAAGAGUUCAGCUUAAUCAGUGUCAUCUCUCCAAAGCAAGUUGUGAAAUGUUGGCCUCUACUCUUCAAGGGCUGCAUUCCCAUCUGCACGAAUUGGAAAUGAGUCACAAUGAGCUCCAGGACAAAGGAGUGGAGCUGCUCUGUGAGGGACUGAGAGUACCGCAAUGCAGGCUGGGGACUCUGAGGCUCUCUGGUUGUUUGAUAUCAGAGAGUGGUUGCAGAUGUUUGGCCACAGCCCUAACUUCAAACCCCUCCCACCUGAAAAGGCUGGAUCUGAGCUACAACCAUCCAGGAGAAUCAGGAUUGAAGCUUUUAUCUGCAAGACUAGAGGAUCCGCACUGCCAACUGGAGAUACUUAAUACAGAUAACUGUGGACAAGUCAGACUGAAACCAGGUCUACGCAAAUAUGCCUGUGAUGUCACACUUGACCCAAACACAGCAAACAGACUUCUGUAUCUCUCUGAGGGGAACAGAAAGGUUACAUUUGUGGAUGAAGAGCAGCCGUAUCCUGACCACCCAGACAUAUUUGAAUCUGAGUAUCAGGUGUUGUGUAGAGAGGGCCUGUCUGGACACUGCUACUGGGAGGCUGAGUGGAGUGGGUGUGGGCCUGAUAUAGCUGUGGCCUAUAAAAGCACCAAGAGGAAAGGGUUGGGUGAUGAUGUCAUAAUGGGACAGAAUGCCAAGUCCUGGUCACUCGACUGCUCUACUGACAGUUACUCUGCAUGGCACAAUAAUAAACGCACUGAGAUACCUGCCCCCUCCUCCCACUCCAGAAGAGUAGGAGUCUACCUGGACUGGCCAGCCGGCACUCUGUCCUUCUACAGCGUCUCCUCUGACACACUCACCCACCUGCACACGUUCCACUCCACAUUCACAGAGCCCCUCUAUCCUGGGUUUUAUGUUGGUUUGGGUUCCUCAGUGUCCCUGUGCCAGAUCAAAUGACCUCACCCUAAAGGAACACAACACAUGUGCAUUCACACACACUCUCACACGCACGCACGCACACAGAUUGCUUUCUUCCUUCUGGUAAUUAACUUCCUUUUUCUUUCUAUUGUUCAGUCUUACUUCCUCUUCAUUCUUUCAAUUUUCUUUC